AAUCAGAACAUCAGUCCUCACAGAGACGAGCACACUGUUGGCAGGCUGAGAAAGCAAGCAUGCAGAAAGCUGUGGUUCUGCUUCAUCUACUGGUCCUGGUGUGGACCUGGACCAUCCAGGGGCUCCCUAUUGCCGAAGAACCUCUGUUCCCCACCCAGGAGAACUUUGAUCUAACCAGGUUUUUGGGGACUUGGCACAAUGUUGCCGAGGCGACCACGUGCCCCCACAUUGAGCGUCACAGAAGCCAGUCCACCAUCGACAAGCUUCUGCUGCAGCGAGGAACCAGCGAUGAUAAACUGGAAAUGUUUCAAACUAAACUCAAACAUGGAACCUGUCAGGAGACCAGUGGAGAAUAUAACCUGACGGCAACACCAGGACGCUUCAACUAUCAUCAAGCAAAGUGGGCCACAGAUGUGGACGCCUACGUGGUCCACACCAACUACGACGAGUACGCCAUCAUAAUCACGGUCAAGGAGAAGCCGUCGGUCCAUAACAGCACCUCAGUCAAGCUUUACAGUAGAAGCAUGGACGUGAGGGACACGGUAAUGGAUGACUUCAAGACGCUGGUCAGAGAGCAGGGCAUGACUGACGACAACAUUAUCAUCAAAAACAACAAAGGUGACUGCAUUCCUGGCAGGCGGGUGGCAGAGCUCACGCUUGAGCUUCAGAGGGUGAAAAGGGAUGCAGCACCAAUGGCUCUUGCGGACAUGGACGGUUCUGGUGAUGACACGCUGAGCUUCAACGACUCAGCGGUGUGCGCUUUGACGGCGAAGACGGGGCCGUGCUUCGGCAUCCACCAGCGUUACUUCUACAACUCGUCCUCACUGAGCUGCCAGCUCUUCAAGUACGGAGGCUGCUUGGGCAACGGAAACAACUUCAAGACGGAGAAAGAGUGCCUGCAGAGGUGCCGCAUCGCGGCUGUGUGUCGGCUCCCCCUGGUGGCCGAGGCGUGCACGGGUCAGCCCCUCACCUGGUCGUUUGACUCCAACCUGGGGGUGUGUUUACCCUACAAAGCAGGCUUCUGCCAGACCAACGGAAACAAGUUCUACAGCAAGUCCGAGUGCGAGGAGUACUGCGGCGCCAAAGACGAAGACGCUACAAGUGCCGUGUCCCUGGCGGAAACGACGCAAGCUCCUCCAGUCUAAAUGUUGACUCAGAAGAGGCAAAGAUGUGGAAUAAUAUCUCCCCAAUAAAUCGGAGCUCACA